UUUAUGGAUAUGGCUGUGGCUGUUGAUCCAAAUGUUAGCGAUCAAGAUGUUUACCUUGAUGCGCUUGAUCCAGAUGAAAUGCAGGAUCUAUGGCAACUGAAUGAGAAAGAAAUUCUGGAAAUAGCUGGUGAAAUCGGAGGUGAAUGGAAAUCACUUGGUAUAUAUCUAGGAUAUACUUGUGCAAAACUAAAUCAUUUAGAAGAUGUGUAUCCUAAAGAUCCAGAGUGGAGGAACGUAAUGAUGAUUGGCGAGUGGUGUUCCGUUAUUUCUAGUCUUCGUCUAAAUGUCAAACAAUACCUUGCCAAGUUCCUGUCAGAAGCCGGCCUAGCGCAUAUUGCAGAUUCUCUUAGUACUGAUUACAACAUAGUUGUACCUUCAAGUGUAGCAGAGAUAAAGAAACACGUAAAACAUAUUUCUUUUGACAGACCUAUACAAAAACUUAUGGGUUUUUUCGUAUGGACUCCACAACGGCUGCUUUCAGGGCCAGGUUGA